UAGGUAGUACAAAGAAUUUCUAUUUUUAUCCAUUUUAUCUAAAGGGAAGUAAAAUGGUCGUUUGCUGUGUUUCUUGUUACCAAGAGAAAAUUGGAGAAUAAUGUGAGUGUUUGAGGCGGCCAAUUCCUUGUAAGGUGUGAUGGGCAAUUCAUUUGGUAAACAACCCCAUAGUAGCAAGGAUCAAAUAGAACAUUUUUACUACAAAGAUGGAGAUACAAACAAAUCAAUUUCCCAACACAAAGUUAACGAUGAACCGGAUCGAUUAGAUGGGGCCCACGGUAGUACUCCAGGACAAUUAGCACCUGUUAGGACUAAUUCUAGUCUUGACCAGCAGCAAAAAGACAAUGUACACAAAGCAGAAAAAACAAGGAGUAAUAGGACUAAAAGUCCAAGUGGCAGUUUUUUCAGCGGUUCUAAAUGUGCACCAGUUGCAACAGCACCAGCACUGGAUAAGAAAGAAAGUUCAAUAUUGAAUAAGCCAUCUUCAGCAGACUUGAAUAAAGUAUCAUAUGAGAAGAGAAAUACUUCGUUCUAUGACAAUGGGGUGAAUGGUUCUAGAAGCGUAAGGUAUUCUGAAUAUGAUGAACAAACAGUGCCACAACCUCUAAAAAUGUCAAGACAGGAGAUGGCAAUUCAAAUACAAGCAAUGGCAGAUGAAGUUGAAAGGCUAUGGACUAUUCUAACACAACAACAUUUAACCCAUAUUACCUCAGAUAAGAGUGCUUCAAAAUGUCCCAGUGAAUUCACGGAGCAUAUACAUGGUAUUGAAAUUUACGCAGAUGAUCUUAAGAAAAGAAUAGACGCCAUUGAACGUGAAAAGAAUUCAUACAUAAAUAGGCUUAGUAAUGUGGCAGGAUCUUUACUUACCGACAAUAAUCCAAACAUAACAGACUUGAAUGACUCAAAUCGACCGACGAAGCUAGCUGAAAAGUUGGGUAAAAUUUAUGAUGAUGAGUGGACAGAUGCCAUGCAAGAUUUAGAGAACAAGAAAUCCAAGAAAAAAGAAAAGAGACACGAAAAAAUAGUUUAUCAUUUAUAUAGCAUAAUUAAGGUUCUGUAUGUAACUUGUAAACAGAAAGCUGAAGAGCAAGUUGGACAUUUUUUAUUGUUAAAAGAUCCAUCGCAGUAUCAGGUAGAGGCUUCAUGGACUGAAAUUCCAGUAGAGAGUCGUAAAAGUUUUACUGAAAACCGAAAAAGGAUAGCUGAGGCUAACAUCGAGAUGCUUCAAAAGAUUAUAAAAGACGAUGACAUAUAUAAGAAGGAGAUUUGUUCUCUUUCUCCUUCUCUUGAUGACAAAAUACUUGACUCUCUGCACAACAGCCUGUAUUUCCAAAAGUGCUUGGAAAUAUGUUGGUACUUCGUUAUUCAAGAUCCACCACUAUAUCUCGAUAUACGUCCAUUAGAAGGAAAUCUGUUAAAUAAAGACACGCAUAAGGAAUAUACUAAAUCUGGGUCAACAAUUAAAUAUGCCGUAUGGCCUGCUCUUUAUUUACAUUGUACAAACAAUGAAAAGGGACCUUUGUUAGCAAAAGGUGUUGUACAGCCUAAAGCACGAAAACACAUUGGUACAAUAUCUGAAGAAGAUCUACUUCAAAAUCAUUAAGUUAAUUCAUGUGAAUAAAGCAAGCGAUGUGUAUGCUUUUUUGCUUAUAUUCAUCAUCGUAAUUUUCAAAUAUCAUAUUAAGAAUGUAUGUCCUGCAAAUAAAUUGAUAAACAGCA